AUGACAUCGGAAUACGAACGUAAAUUAAUUGAUAUGCAAUAUCAAAUGCGUGAAAAUAACUCAUAUUUAACUGACUAUUUAAAAGAUUUAAAUUCUUGGACAGAUGACAUAAAAAAGAAAGAAGAAAAUCUAAAAACUACAGCAAAUUCAACAUCAACAAUAAAAGAGCUUCCACCGGUACGCAAUUUUGUUGUACCACCAAGACCAAAAAAGAAAUCUAAAAAGAACAACAGUUCAACAAAAACUUCAUCGAUACGCUCAUUUGAUUAUCGUGCAUGGGAUAAAUUCAAUGUUGAUGAAGCAUGUGCACAAAUUGAUAAUGAACAACAAGAAAAAGAAGACGACAACAACAACGAAGAAGAUGAUGGUGAUGCCGAUGAAGAAGAUGAAGAAUGGCAAGAAGAAGUAUUAAAAAAGAAAGGCGAAUAUUAUAAAGAUUGCGGUAAUUAUCACUUUAAACAAAAACAAUAUACAGAAGCUAUUGAGUCAUAUACCAAGGCAAUUGAAUGUAAUCCAAUAUGUCCAAUUUAUUUUGCUAAUCGUGCUCAAUGUCAACUAUUUGAACAACGUUAUGGUGCCUGUGAAGCUGAUUGUACAUUAGCUAUACAACUUGAUGAAAAUUAUUUAAAAGCUUACUAUAGAAGAGCAUUAGCACGUGUUGAAAUGGAAAAGUUUGAUCAAGCAAGAGAAGAUUUACAAUACAUUCUCGCACGAGAACCAUCGAAUGCCGACGCAAAAACGAAAUUAGCGGAAGUUAAUAAGAAAGAUGAAAUUAAACGAUUAGGAAGAAUUUAUCCAUUACAAGAUAAACCUAUCGAUAAACGAUCCACUAAACCGUUAAAAAGAAUUGAAAUACAAGAAAUCGAUACAUCAAUUAUUUCAAUAAGUGAAACAACAAAGAAAAAAGCGAUUAUUAUUGAAGAAAUGGACACAGAUCCAAAGUCUUCUGAAUCAAUAAUUCCGUCAAUAUCAUCUGUCCUUCCUUCGCCUUCUACCAUCAUCACUGCUACUACUCCUUUGUCAGUACAAUCUAAAAAACCAACAACAAUUGAAAAGCCACCAACUAAAUCAAUACCUAUUCCAACGGCAAUUCCAACAACAGGAUUUCAAUUUAAACGUGAUUGGUUAAAUUUAAACAAUCAAAUUGAACAGCAAGCCAUUUAUCUCAAGAGAAUUCCGCCCAAAUCUUAUAAAACAAUAUUUUCUACUGGUAUUGAUUCAUCAGUUUUUUCAAGAAUUUUACUUCUAUGGUCAAAUGAAACGACUAUCGAUGAACAUUUACUUAAUUCAAUGUAUGAAAUACGUCUAACGCCCAGAUUCAAUACACAAUUAAGUUUUCUUGGUAGUGAUGAUAAAAAAUUAUUGGAAACAAUUCUGCAAAAGCUAGAAAACAAAUGUUCAUCAACAGAUAAAGUUCAAACUAUUUUACGUGAUUACAAAAUUGAUUGA